AUGAUAUCUUAUUUACUACGAGGGCCUUCACCGAGGAGAUUGGGACAAUUAAUGUUUCAUUUGGACAUCAGUUUAAAAGCUAGAGAAUUCGAAUAUCAAGAUCCAGCUACGGAAAGCGAUGUCGUUUAUGUCAACUUCGUUUUGCAAGAUGGAACUGUUAAGAAAAUUAAAGGCAAAGUUGGUGAUAAUGUAAUGCAUCUUGCGCAUAGGUAUAAAAUCGAUAUCGAAGGGGCAUGUGAAGCUUCCUGCGCUUGCUCAACGUGUCAUGUAUACGUUGAACAAGGUUUUUAUGAGAAACUACCUGAAGCAAAGGAAAAUGAGGAUGAUAUGUUGGAUAUGGCCCCCGCAUUAAAACCGAAUUCCAGACUUUCGUGUCAAAUAAAUUUGACCAAAGAAUUAGAUGGUAUUGUUCUAACGUUACCGUGCGUAACCAGGAAUUUUUAUGUUGAUGGUCAUAAACCAAUGUCGCAUUGA